UGUUUGCACCAAAUAAGUCAUUGUCAAAAUUAUUCUGAUAGUAUAACUAUCGCAUUCCAUUCUUUGCAAACGCACAGGUUUACCCAGAUAGUGCACACAGGUUGGUCACAGAAAGAGCCACUGCCCCACAGUGCUGGAUCGUUUAUGGAUAUGUUGCGUCACACCCGAAACAUUUCCAAAAGUGAAGCACCAAUUCUGGCUCAAUGUCUAAAUGGCACCGACAAGAGCGGUCUGUUUGUGGUGUUAUGGAACAUUCUAGAACACUUGGAUACUGACGGCGAGGUCUCCAUACCACGUGUCAUCAGGCACUUGAGGCUGAGGAGAAAACAGAUUAUACCAAAUUUCGCCCAGAUCAAGUUUUGUGCCGACUGCAUUCGUGGUUAUUGUGAAGAUGAAACGAGCAACACGUACGUCAACUUGUAGUGACACGACCGAAACGCCGGCGUAUAGAUAGAUCAUGUAUCGAUUCCCAUGCAGACUUUUGCAAUAAAUGUGUUUGUAUAUUAUACACUGAAUGCGUGGCAUUCCUAUUGCAAUGAAAGCAAAAGUUUAUGAAACAUAUGGUGUAUGUUUUAAAUAAUUCGUUCAUUUGGUCAGUCCAUUAUAGUUAGCAUAAUUGUGUUUGAGUAUUAUAUUAUAUUUAUAUUUUGACUGUAUCAAAAUGCUAUACAUAGCUAAAAAAUAGUUAAUAUUACAUAUUUUACAUUUUCGUUGUUUACACUCGUCUCCAAAAAAUACUUAAUACAGUUUUAUUUUAUCUCCGCUACAAACCAAACAUUUACCUUACUAUUAAUUUUUAUAUAUUUUUUUAAUAUAUUUUAUCUUUAUACCAUCAUACAUGUAAAUGAAAGUGAAGAAAAAUGAAAUUAAUGACAGGAAGUAUGCGCUAAAAUGUUUGCAUGGGUACUCCCGGAAAAUAAUGUCAGCAAUAAAGAAAAUACUUACGUUUGUUGCAUAUAGUAAAAGUUAAUACGCAGUAUUAAUGGACAUCCUUUUGUGCAAUAGUUGUGACACUAUUAAAAAGUUAUUUAUCA